AUGUCGACGAUUUGGAGUGCCUGGACGGAUUGGGCUUUCGAUGCGAGCCAAAACCGAAUGUAUCGGGUUCGGCAGGACCACAAUGGAAACCUGGACUACGACUUCAACUUUGACUAUGCCGACGGAGCGCGAACGCCACGAGACUCCCAGAGAAUAGACGAAUUGGCUGCAGACUUUCAAAAUCUCUCGCCAGGCUCCAACUACGAAGCGCAGGAUUACGCACUUGAUAGCGGUCAGCAAGAGAGACACCGCUCCUCAAAGCCCAAGGGCAAGGAGCGGGAAAGAGAAAGGGACAGGGAGAGAGUCAAGGACAGGGACAGAGACAAGGACAAGAGCAAGGACAAGAGCAAGGACAAAAUCAAGGGCAAGGACAAGGACAAGGACAGAACCAAACACCAACAUCAUGACAAGCAUCAUCGCAAAGAUUAUAGCGACUCUUCCAAAUCGCAUCUGGAGCAACUAGGUCCGUCCACAAGUUCGAGACCGGAAUCUCAAGCUCAGGCGCAAUGUUUAUACGAUCCGGACCACGCACAGUAUUGCCAGCAAUCAGGCUAUCCUGAACAGGCAGCCGAAUAUGACAGACACAUAGACCAAGCGUAUACGAAAGAAGACGAGACACGGCAGAUGCAGCAAGCAGUUGCCGAGUCCCAACAAGUGCAGUAUGGCAUAAUCAGAGGCAGUGCCAAAGGACCGUCGGACAUGGCUUACACAAGCUCGGCAUACGGGUAUGACGUGGAGGAUGAUGAGUCCUCCACGCCCAAAGGUGGCCUGAUGGCGACGGAUGAAGAUGAGUUCGAAGAGAUUGACCCUCGGUACCGCAUCGAGCAUUCGUCCAAGUUUCAGCCCGGCGAGAUAUUCAAGGUGUAUUGGUCCGAGCCGCAAGGUUCGGGCCAUGAUAAGCACCCCAGCGUUUCCGGCAGGCACGAGCUGGAGAACAGAUACGGGAUGAAGUUUUUCGUCGGAUUUCGGCGUUUCAUCGUCAUCGCAAAUGACCAAGGCCACUGCACAUGCGUACCGAUUCUGACGUACGGCGGUAAAGCUUGCAACAAGCACGGAGUCAAGCCCGCCAAGCACGGAAUCGUCUACGAGCACGGCCACAAGCCUCACAUGGUGAGCGGCGAGCCCAAGCUGGGGUUUCCCCCGGUGCAGGCCACCAUUACGGAGGACGGGGAGAGGCUGUCGAAGGAAUCGCGGGUCAACUACUCCAAACUGGUCACGAUUGAGCACAAUAUCAGGGUCUUCUUUAUCGGCUCCAUCAUGCCAAACAGCCUGGACAUCAUCAAAGAGGCGGUCAACGACUGCUGGUACCAGAAGAACCAUCAGAGAAAGAGAAGCUGA